AACCUUAAUUCUCUAGUAAAUAGGCUGGGGUUAAAGGAAGCUUAAGCUUUAUGUUUUCUCUGUUUUAGCUAGCAAACUAGAUCAGUGGCAAAGGCUCGGGCUCGUAUUACCAACCAAAAAAAGAAGAACCAUCUAAUUCGAUUCGAUUAGCGUCUCUGGCCUUGCAUCCCAAAUUUUCAGCUAUUCCAUGGCAGAGAGAGCGAUACUAGGGUUCCUGCAGAACAAUGAGCAGAUCCCGGAUUCAGGUCAAUUUUCUGCCGAGCACAACCUUGACCACGAUCAAGUCAAGAAUGUCAUCAGAAGGCUACAGGGUUUUCGUUACAUCGAUGCUCAGGACAUUACUAGGAAGACAUGGGUUUUGACUGAAGAAGGAAAGAAAUAUGCCGCACAAGGAUCACCAGAGGUUCAACUUUUCUUAGCUGUGCCAGAAGAAGGUAGCAUAUCAGCGGUUGAGCUCAAGAAAAAGCUAGGUGAUUCGAUCGACAGUUUUGCCUGGAAAUAUGCUAAAGAAAACAAGUGGGUGGAGAUGGAAAAAAAGCAAGUCUCAAGAAAGGUUCAACAUGUAGAUGAUGUAGUGCAAGCACUGCUUUUACAUAUACAAGAUGGGAAGGAAAUUGACGAGGCCGGUAUCGUUUUUCUCAAAGGCAGGAAAAAUCUCAUAGAACAAAUGAAAUGGAAUGGGUAUUCUUCCAUAAAGAAAGGUCCUAAUUAUGCUCCCGAGAGAAAGAUGGUGUCCACCGAUUUGACUCGUGAAAACCUACAAAACUGGAAAGAGUUAGAGUUUAAGGAGUAUAAUUUCAAUGCUAAAGGAGCACCUGUUGAGGCUGGUCUUCUUCACCCUCUUCUCAAGGUCCGGAAGCAGUUUAAAGACAUAUUUGUUCAGAUGGGGUUCGAGGAGAUGCCAACAAAUAAUUUUGUGGAGAGCAGCUUCUGGAAUUUUGAUGCAUUGUUCCAGCCGCAGCAGCACCCUGCUCGUGAUUCUCACGACACCUUCUUUCUAAAAGCUCCUUGUACGACUAGGACACUUCCAGAAGAUUAUGUUGAGAGGGUGAAACGUGUUCAUGAGUCUGGUGGAUAUGGAUCAAGAGGGUAUAAUUGUGAUUGGAAGAGAGAAGAAGCAAACAAGAAUCUUCUCCGAACUCACACAACGGCCGUCUCUUCUAGGAUGCUUCAUGCACUAGCACAGAAACCUUUUGUCCCCAAGAAGUAUUUUUCAAUUGAUCGUGUGUUCAGAAACGAGGCUGUUGAUCGGACCCAUCUGGCAGAGUUCCAUCAAAUGGAAGGUUUGAUAUGUGACCGGGGCCUUACAUUGGGAGACCUGAUUGGUGUAUUAAAAGACUUCUUCUCACGCUUAGGUAUGUCAAAGCUGCGGUUCAAGCCAGCUUACAACCCUUACACAGAACCAAGUAUGGAAAUCUUCAGCUACCAUGAAAAAUUAGACAAGUGGGUGGAAAUUGGAAACUCGGGAAUGUUCAGACCCGAAAUGCUUCUACCAAUGGGUCUUCCGGAGGACGUCAGAGUCAUCGCUUGGGGUCUUGGUCUUGAAAGACCAACAAUGAUAUUAUAUGGUAUCGACAACAUCCGAGAUUUGUUUGGACACAAGGUGGAUCUCGGCCUCAUUAAACGGAAUCCGAUCUGCCGAAUUGGAAUCUGAGAGAAAUUUUAUUGUUUUGUUGAUUCAAAAUGGUCGCCUUUAUUUAUGUUAGGAAAUAUAACAUAUUAGUAUGUAAUUAUCCGAUAAAAAGAUGUGGUUAUAUGAUAAAUACUCUGAUUAAUUUUAUUGAGGCUUGUAGAAACAUACCGUUUCUAUUUAGUUGGUACAAUUGGCUUGUAGAAAUGUAAUUUCUAAAUAUUGGGUUUCAGUUAGUUUA